UAGUUAUAGGACUUAUAGGUGUUGUUAUUCUAUUUCAUUUUCUAUGACAAAGUUAACACAGUCUAUUUACAUGAAGAAAGGCAAUUUACUUGGAUAUGAAAUUAUGUGUCUGGAUUUUACGCCUUAAAAUAUGGAAGCGAUCUUAAAACAUAAUCUUAGUGUAACAACUGUAAUAAUUACUAUCUUGUCUGCGGCUGUUGUAUUUACUGUUUUAAAGUAUAAACGGAGGAUUAGAAAAGCGUCGGAGGCUUUUCAUUAUAUGAAUGUUUUAAUAGUUACUGAUGAAGAGGCAUGCAAUAGCGCGGUAACUAUUAUAAGAAGGAAGUGUGUAUAUCAUAAAGCCAUAGGAUUUGACUGUGAAUGGGUGACUGUGGGGCGCAAGAGACAGCCUGUCGCACUGUUGCAGCUGUCUACCCUUGAUGGCUUUUGUGGUCUGUUCCGGUUGAAUCAAAUGAAAACUGUCCCUAGCUCAUUAAAAGCAUUACUUGAAGAUAACACCAUCUACAAAGUAGGUGUUUCUCCUUCCGAUGACGCAAAAUAUCUGUUCCACGACUGGGGGGCUAAACUAAAGAGCUCUCUCGACGUGCGCCACCUAGCUCGCGCCUGCGGCCACAGUGCCGGCGGUCUAGCGAGCCUCUCUGAAGCACUGUUGCAAGUCACUCUGGAUAAACACUGGAAGGUACGUUGCAGUGAUUGGGAGGCUGAGCAGUUGACAGACAGACAAAUAGUGUAUGCAGCGGCUGAUGCACAUGUGGCUAUCAAAAUAUUUGCGAAGCUAAUACGUGAAUAUACUAGCCGGGCACGCGGCUCUUACUGGCUUACUGGAGCGACGGACAAACAUUCACAACAAGCUGUUAAUGAUUUAUGUCGGGAUAUUGCAGAUGUUGCUUUUAAAACAAAGCAUAAUAUUGCAGAUGUUGCUUUUAAAACAAAGAAUAACAAAGGGAAGAAGGACAAGAUUGUUAAGAAAGAGGAUAUAGUAAUGAAAAAGAGGUACCCGUACGCGACGCGCACCAAGCCGCUGUACAACAACUGCUACCUGCAGGCGCCCGACGGGGAGCUGCUCUGCACUUGUGACAAAAAGAAAGCCCUCUGGUACGUGGAGAAGGAGUUGGCCGCGGUGGUGAGCGAGGCGCCGCUGACGGUCCGGCUGCGCUUCGAGCCGGCCGGCCGCUCCGUGGGCGCAGUGGGCCGCUACUACUGCCUCGCCAAGGAGAACAAGUGCGUCGUGUGCGGCAGCACUGACUCCUACAUUAGAAAAAAUGUCGUACCUAGAGAGUACCGCAAGUAUUUUCCCGAGGUAAUGAAGGACCACUCGUCGCACGACGUGGUGUUGCUGUGCGUGCGCUGCCACCAGCUCUCCAACACGCUGGACCUGCGCAUGCGCGAGAUGCUGGCGCGCAAGUGUCACGCGCCACUCGCUAACGGCAAGGCUGUGUUCAGCUACGACUUCAAUACCAAGAAAAUACGUUCGGCGGCGCGUGCCCUUCUGCACCAGUCACAGUCGCUGCCGGGGGUGCGGCGGCGCGCGCUCGAGGAGGUGCUGUUGCAACACUACCCGCAAUGCGAGGAGGUCACGCAGGAACUGCUGGAGGAGGCUGCUGCCAUCGGCCCGGAAGCCGCCAUAAAAACGGAAGAAGAGAGCCACGGCAUGAAAGUAGUAGAGCAUCACCUGAAACACGAGGGUCUUCUGCGAUUAGAGGAGUACUGGCGGGAACAUUUCCUCACUUCGAUGGAGCCGAAAUUCAUGCCCGAGUUAUGGUCUAUCAAACACAACGAAGAAAGGCUCCGUGUGAAACUGGACGAAGGACGUUUAUCUCAAAAAGAUUUGCAAUCAAUAGGACUUACGCCCUGGACGUAGUACAAGUUAAACUCACACAAUAACACAUAUUUAGUAAAAAGGACCCAUUGCGGAUUUUUUCUAUACACUCUUCUUUUAGGGAAUAGAUUAAAAUGUUGUUUACUUAUAGUUCGUUUUUUUUUAGCAUUAGAAAUAAGGUAAACAAUAUUGAUGAGUCUUUUAAUUGAAAAACACAUUUUAAAAAUAAGUUACGGCAAAUAUGUAACAACUAUGAAUCCAAUACGAUAUUUUAUAUUAUUUUGCUUUCAUAAGUAAUAGUUAUUGAUUUUUAAAAAGCGUUUUUCAAUUAAAAGACACGUCAAGAUCGCUUACCUUCUUACAUGUUCUUUCUAAUGCUCAAAAAAACGAACUAUAUGUCAUUGACAACUCAUCCUUCAGAAGCGGCUCAUCGUAUUGACGAUGAGAUGUGUUAUUGUGUGAGUUAUAAAUAAUGAAAAGGUUAUAAAUGUAAUUCUAGAAUAUUAUAACCUUUUCUUAUGAUUUCUCCGCAGUCGGACAAAACCUAUUCCUAGUUCUGUUAAAAACUUACUUACUGAACGGCCGGUAAGCCGGUAAGUAAUUAAAAAAUGGGAAUAAAAUUUCGUCAAUUCUU